GCUGAGCUUUUUCGGUUACGAGAAUAGCUGCAGAGAGAGAGAGAGAGAGAGAGAGGGGAUUGUGAAGGGAUCUUCUUCCAUAUUGCUUUUUUUCCACAACAACCCCACAUCAUGCAUAUACACCAUUUGUACCGUAUAUAAUACUAAUUAUUUAAUGUUGGGUUAGAAAAUAGAAGGCUGGAAGCCAGCGAAGCAUAUAUCCAACCCCAUUAUAAAACUAUAGAAAAACUCACUCCUCUCGAUUCAUUGGACGACUCUGCUACUCUUGUCGCUGGGCCCCACAUGUACUCUUCCUCUCUCUCCUUAUAUCUUCCCAUCUCUCUUCUUCUCCUUUUCCCUUCUCUCUCUCUAUUUCUCCUCUAAGUAAUGAUUUUCUCGUUGCUGAGGAAUCUGAGGUGUUGCUCUGGAAGCAGAGAAGGAAGAGGUUAAUACAAUACGUUCAUGAGAUCUUGCAUUCGAGACAUUGAGACCUCUACAUUUCUAUAUAUACACACUCUCUCCGUGUAUGCGCUCGAAGGAAGAGGGGAGGGAGAGAGAAAACAGGGGAUUUUCUCGUUUUUUUAAAAAAAUUUAAUUUUCAUUUGGGUUUUCCUAUUUUCUUUUGUUUUCUUGGGCUGGGUUCUUUUUCUAUUCUUCAUGUCUCAGCAUCGGCAAUUCCAGAUGGGUGGUGGUUGCGGCGGCGGAAGCAAUGCCGGUCAGUCGCAGUACGGCGACACGACGUAUACGAAGAUCUUCGUAGGAGGGCUGGCUUGGGAGACUCAAAGAGAGACAAUGAGGCGGUAUUUCGAGCAGUUUGGAGAGAUCCAGGAAGCUGUUGUUAUCACUGACAAGAACACCGGAAGAUCCAAGGGCUAUGGAUUCGUGACUUUCAAGGACCCAGAUUCAGCAAUGAGAGCCUGCCAGGACCCAUCUCCCGUGAUCGACGGUCGUCGUGCGAAUUGCAAUCUAGCAUCCCUCGGUGCACAUCGUUCCGGCCCAUCUACUCCUCAACAGGGAACGGGUCGGUUCAGAUCCGCACCCGGAUCCACCCCACCCGAUUAUCAGGGCACAACCACAACAUAUUUCCAGCAACAUGCUGCUCAAUACUCAUUUCCUUAUUCCGCCUACGGGUAUACGGGAUAUUCUCAAGAAAACAUGUAUCCAAUGAGUUAUUAUAGUGUAUAUGGAGGGCACCAAUUUUCGCCUUAUUACGCGGCGGGUCCCGGAUUUUAUCAUAAUUUCUAUCCUUACUACGCCCAAUAUGCUCAGAGUAGCCAGUCACAGGGCAGCUAUGGAAUGCAGUAUCCACAAAUGGUACAAUACCCGUAUUUGCCUCAGCAUCAUGGAGCUGCCGGAAUCCUUUCGCUCCCUGUUUCCGCUGCGGCGACCACAGCCACCGGCGGAAUGCAACAGGUGUAACUGCAGUGGCGGGGUCCGGUCCUUCCCAAGGUGGGCCAGUAACAUCCACUGAGCAGAAUUCGACGGCUUAAUUUGAUAAAUGGGGAAAUUUAUCCCAGUGCGAAUGGCUAACAUCGACAAUGAAACGACUAAUUGGGAAGAAGGAAGUGUUGGGAAUUUCCUGUUUCUUCCCCUGGAGGGGCCUAAACACGCAUUCUGACUGUCCAUCAGAACGGGCCAUCAAUGUGGAGAGCUCGCUUCGCUAAUUGGGUUCCAUCAUCUUCAUCAAGAUCAAUGCCGUGGCGGUCCGCCAUCAUCAUACAUUGUUUUGCAUUACUGGUCAUUGCUCUCUAGGUUAGGUGAAUUGGGUUUUUACUGUUUGGUCAUUAGCAUUUAAAAAUUAGAUUUGUUUAUGUAUUAACCUGAGGUCGGAUGUAUAAUUGGUAUCCGAUUCGAUCUCGAAGAACUGACUCUUUAGGCUUUCAUGGUGUCUCUGAAAUCGCGAUUUUGGUGACACCAAUCUUUUGUAAUGAGCGGUGGUGAUCAAUUCGGAGAGUGAUUUUAUAUUCUCUGGAUCGGAUUAUCCGCUUCGGAUUAGUAAGAAAGCAGGGGGGCUUGGAUAGCUCUUCUGAUUAUAUUAACUUGUAAUUUUUUGUUAAUUAUCAUUCUUGAUUUAUAUUUAAGGUAGGAUUAGUUAGGAGUUGGUUGUCUCUUUC